AUGUCUCAAUGCCACUCUUUGGUCUCUUGUUCUGCUUCGGCCGCGGCUUGCUCCCACUUGCCGUCAUAGCCACUUUGUACCUGUAUCUUUAUCCUGUCUUUCACGGUUGUGCUUUCCCCCCGCCGCGCCAUGCCCAGGACGACAAGAUAGCCCCUUUCCGCCUGUUGGCCUUGGGAGAUCCCCAGAUUGAAGGCGACACUUCCCUUCCGCGUCCGGAGGACCCCGUCUUCCCCAGCUUCGCUUCGUUCCCUCAACAUGUCGGAUCCGUAGGCAUUGGCCAAGCCGCGCGCAAAACCGCCGCCGCCCUGUUCCAAAACGACAUACCGCGCCUCCUCUGGUCCUACCGCAAGCGCCUCGACCUCUUUGGAAACGACUAUUACCUCGCACACAUAUAUCGUACUCUGUAUUGGUGGACAGAACCGUCCCAUGUGACGGUUCUGGGAGACUUGCUGGGCAGCCAAUGGAUUGGUGAUAAAGAAUUCGAGAGGAGGAGCUGGCGUUUCUGGCACAGGGUCUUCCUCGGUGGGCAGCGGGUCGAGGACCACAUUACCUCGGUCCAAAGGACAGAAGGUUUGGGCGCCGAUCCGGCCUGGUCAAGGCGAAUUAUCAAUGUUGCGGGCAACCACGAUAUCGGGUACGCCGGUGACAUAAACGAGGAUCGAAUUACCCGUUUUGAAAGACAGUACGGACCCGUGAACUGGGAGACGACAUUUCGUUUAAAUGGGUCUAAUGCUUCGGCAGCCGCCGAGCAGCCUCCUGAGAUACGUAUCGUCGUUCUCAACAGUAUGAACCUCGAUACGCCUGCUUUGGUCGAGGACCUGCAACACGAAACGUACGACUUCAUCAACGAUGUCAUAGGCCGGUCUCGCCCGGUUGAGGAUCGCAGCACCUUUACUGUCCUGCUCACGCACGUUCCGCUGCACAAGGAGGCCGGAGUUUGUGUCGAUGCACCUUUUUUCAGCUACUUCCCCACCGAGCGGGGCGCGGGCAUUAAGGAGCAGAACCACAUAGGUGAUUCUGCGAGCCAGGGAAUCUUGACAGGUAUCUUUGGCCUGAGCGGCGACCCAAAUGCCCCAGGCCGAGGCCUGGGCCGCAAUGGUAUGAUCCUCACCGGACAUGACCAUGAGGGUUGUGAUGUCUAUCACCAUCAUCCUCGUGAUGCAGACGGCUGGAAGGCCGCACGCUGGCAGGAUUCGGGUAACCUUACAGCUGAUGCAGACAUGCCUGGUGUUCGAGAGGUCACGAUGAGGAGUAUGAUGGGCGAAUACGGAGGAUAUGCAGGACUCGUCAGUGUGUGGUUUGAUCAGGCAGUGGGUGAGUGGCGCUUCGAUAUUAUGCAGUGCCACUUGGGCGUUCAGCAUAUAUGGUGGGCUGUCCAUAUAGUGGAUCUGGUGACCCUUCUCAUGCUUAUUGGAGGUAUUGUUGGGCGCGCUCUUGUAAAGAGUAAACCAACAAUGCUCCCAGACAAAGCUGCGUUAAAGAAGGAAUAAAUACUGUGGAGGAACUUAUCUUGCACAAAAGCAUUCUCAAUGUCGUACUAGCGAGUUGCUGAUCAUGCUUUUGCAUGUGAUCUUGGGGGAGCUUUGGCUACUAAGAUAUGGAUGCGAGCGAACUGCGGUGAACCCAAAAAACCUUCAUGAUAAGAGACGGAUUCUCAUGACUAACAUAGGUGACGUUAACGGCCUGCAAAAUCCAAUUGUAAAAGUUAAAAGCUGCUG